AUGAAAGUACUGUUCCUCGCCUGUCUCAGCCCUCAAACUGGGAACCACACUACAGCUGAGAGGAUCAGGUCCCACAUAGAGUCCGCAGGACACACGUGUGAGCUCAGGGAUGCAGCAGAAUUUCAGUCACCUGCUGAGGUGGCCAACCUAGUAUCCCAGAAUCCUCCAUUUGAGGCCGCACUGGCCAUUCACCUGUUCAAAGCAGGCAGGCUCCUCCUGGACAUCCAAGUACCCUUCGGCGUCAUCUUUGGCGGAACAGACAUAAAUGAAGAUGUGAAAGUUAAACAGAAGCGUGUGGUUAUGGAGCAGGUGCUGCUGAAAGCCAGGUUUGCUGUUGCAUUUACUGACAAACUAAAAGAAGAGGCAGAGAUAUUUUUGCUGUCCCAGAGCAGUAAAAUCUGUGUCCAGCCCCAAGGUAUCCAGACGCAAGUGACUGACACGUUCUGCUGGACUGAAUUCUUGAGGAGCUCAGGUGUAAGCACUGAGCAUUUGGAUGAGCUGCGUGUCUUCCUGUUGGUCUGCGGCCUCAGAAGAGUCAAGGACCCCCUCUAUCUGGUGAAGGUAUUUUCAGAGUGGCAUUGUGAGAAUCCGCUGAAUGCCCUGAUCAUUAUUGGGCCAAAGAUUGAUCCUGUGUUUACUGUCGAAGUGGAAGCUGUUGUUCAAAGAACAGCAGGGGUCUUCUUGGCCCAGGAGAGGAGCCAACAGGAGCUUCACGCUGCCAUGAAAAGGUGCUUCGCCAUGGUCAACAGCUCCAUCUCAGAGGGCAUGUCAGCAGCAAUCUUGGAGGCCAUGGAUCUCGGGGUACCUGUGCUGGCCAGGGACAUUCCAGGAAAUUCUGCCGUGGUGCAGCACAAGUUCACUGGCCUGUUGUACUCGUCUCCUCAGGAAUUUGUGCAUCAAUCUCAGAGGCUGUUGUCAGAUCAUGAGCUGAGAGAGAAAGUGGUGCGCAACGGAAAACUCUAUGUGGAAGAGCAUCACAGCUUGAAACAAGAGAGAGAAACCUACCAGCGACUGGUGGACAUUCUGCACUAAGGUCACCACAUUCAACUUCACUUUCCAUACUUUCUCAGGAACAGCAGUGACAGGGAAAUAUACUGGUGUAUCUACCAGGCAUACUGUACAUAUCAUUUUCACAUGUGUCUUCUACAAAAUAAUUCUGUUUUAUCUGCACUGCCAAACUGAAAUGAUGCAGCAGAGCACUUUGAACCAAAGACCUACAGUAGAAAUGGAUGUUUGACUUGUCAAUAUAUUUUAUGUACUGUAUUUGAAAUUGAUGAUGUACUGUUAUUUAUGGUCAAGUACAAAUGUAUGAGAGUCAUGGGAACUACUUAAUAAAAAGGCAAACAGCUCCACGGGUUGUUUUUAACUGGGUGAUGAUCUGUGUAGUGUAUGGUUAUAAAAUUAUUCAGUCUAGUGAGGCAAAAAAAAGCUGUUUGUAAUACAAACAGCUUGUAUUGCAAACAGCAUAAAUUCUUGAAGUGCCAUUAAAUCUUGAUUUUCUUUCAGAUGCGGUGCCGGAUCAGCUAAUCUACUGUUGCUAAAAAUGCUUCAAAUGUUACUUUCCCCUGCAGUCUGUUUGCUACCACAUUCAUUUUUAAUAAAGCGCAAUGGUUGGUUUGUACAG